GAUCCUUCCCCCUUUUUGUGGCGUAGGCGUGAAGAUACCUACAGACAGGCAGGCCUUAGCUCACCUCUCCCUCCCCCGUAGCACCCGCUACCACCAGUGUCUACCACCCACCUCUCCAUCUCACCUUUUUCUCCUUUUUACUUCCUUCCACACAUCGUAACCGGUUCGCACCUUCCACAAACCGCGUUCCGUCACCCCUUUUUUUUUUCUUCCUCUUUCUGCUACACCUGUAUCUUAAUUCACCACACUCGUUUGCGAGACGGUCUACGCAGGCAGUCGCGAGACCAGAACGGGCAAGAGAAAAGGAGAAGGAAGAAAACAUCACACCAACUCGAGUCAAUCGCUUCGUCUUCUUCUCUUGAGAGUCGGAUUGCUGCAAAAGCAGUGUGAGUGCUUUGCUUCGUCGAGCAACGCCUUGCCGCGCACUUCACCUUAGGAGUCGGCGCUGUAUUCCUCCACCUCUUUGGUUUGGUUCAGUAUUUCGACUCAACAAUCACCAAGCCAACUACGCAAGCAUUUUGCUGCCGCAGCCGCGCCCUCUUCCUCGCUAGAAAGAGUCGAGACUUCCACGCCACCGAGCCACUACGACGGUCUUCGACUUUGCGAUUUAAACAACUGUCGCUAUCUACUCUCGUUGUGCCGGACACAUCAGUUUGGGCUCCCCUACACAGGCCCUCUCACUGAUCCCUUCACCCUCAUCCACCGUGUCCUACCUGAUGACUUUUGGACGAUAAUCGACUGCCACAAUGUCGGGACACCCAGCUGGUAGUGCUGGUGGCGGUGGCCAUCAGGACUACGACGAUGGUUACGGUCAGCAGGGCCGCGGUCAUGGAAAUGGUACCCAACAGACCGAUUCCUACUAUCAGGAUGAUCAACAGUACUACGAUCAGAAUGGCUACGACGCACACGGCCAUCCCCAGCAAGGCGCCGAAGGCUACUACGACGAGUCGGGCUACUACAAUGCCGAUCCCAACAAUGCCUACCAUCAGGACGGCGGAUACUACGACAACAAUGAGCAGUACCAGGAUGAAUACUACAACAACAAUGGCAACGGCAAUGGCUAUUACGAUCAGGACUACAACCAGGGCUAUGCUGGCGGACCUCGCCGACAGGGGUCCGAGGAGGAUUCCGAGACCUUCAGCGACUUUACUAUGCGAUCCGACAUGGCCAGGGCCACUGACAUGGACUACUACGGCCGUGGCGACGAACGUUACAAUAGCUACGACCAGGGCGGCGCUCGUGGUUUCAGGCCGCCAUCUUCCCAGAUCUCGUACGGGGGAAACCGUUCUUCUGGUGCUUCGACCCCGAACUACGGUAUGGACUACGCCAACAUGAUGUCAGCUGCCUCGCGGGAACCCUACCCUGCGUGGACCUCCGACGCCCAGAUUCCUCUGUCCAAAGAGGAGAUUGAAGAUAUCUUCCUUGAUCUUUGCGCUAAGUUUGGGUUCCAGCGGGAUAGCAUGCGCAACAUGUACGAUCACUUCAUGAUCUUGCUGGACUCGAGAGCUUCGCGCAUGACUCCUAACCAGGCCCUGCUGUCUCUCCACGCCGACUAUAUUGGUGGUGACAAUGCCAACUACCGCAAGUGGUAUUUCGCCGCCCAUCUGGACUUGGACGACGCCGUCGGAUUUGCCAAUAUGAAGGGCAAGGGUUUGCGACGCAAGGCCAAGAACAAGAAGAAGAAGGGCGAAGCCGAGAACGAUGCUGAAGCGCUCGAAGACCUCGAAGGCGACAACAGUCUCGAGGCUGCCGAGUACCGCUGGAAGACGCGCAUGAACCGCAUGUCCCAGCACGACCGUGUGCGCCAGCUUGCCCUGUACCUUCUCUGUUGGGGCGAAGCCAAUCAGGUUCGCUUUAUGCCUGAGUGUCUGUGCUUCAUCUUCAAGUGCGCCGACGACUUCCUGAACUCCCCCGCCUGCCAGAACAUGGUUGAACCUGUUGAGGAGUUCACUUUCCUGAACAAUGUCAUCACUCCCCUCUACCAGUUCUGCAGAGAUCAGGGUUACGAAAUCUCUGACGGAGUCUACGUUCGCCGAGAACGCGACCACGACAAGGUCAUCGGAUAUGAUGACUGCAACCAGCUCUUCUGGUACCCCGAGGGUAUCGAGAAGAUUGUUCUCGAGGACAAGUCAAAGCUUGUUGAUGUUCCGCCUGCCGAACGCUAUCUCAAGUUCAAAGACAUCAACUGGAAAAAAUGUUUCUUCAAGACAUACAAGGAGACUCGAUCGUGGUUCCACCUACUUGUUAACUUCAACCGUAUCUGGAUCAUCCAUCUGACCAUGUUCUGGUUCUACACCUCAGCCAACGCUCCCAGCAUCAUUCUCGGCAACAAGUACGAACAGGAGGCCAACAACCAGCCGUCGAAAGCUCAACUGUUCUCCAUCAUGGGGUUUGGUGGUACCAUAGCCGCGCUCAUUCAGGUCUUGGCAACUUUGGCGGAGUGGGCCUACGUUCCUCGCAAAUGGGCGGGUGCACAACAUUUGACCAAGCGUCUGCUGUUCUUGCUUCUCAUCCUGGUCAUCAACGUUGCGCCAUUCGUCUACGUUUUCGUCCUUCCCAACCCCAACGAGAAGAUUGCCGAAAUCCUGGCCAUAGUCGAAUUCGUCAUUGCCCUCCUCACCUUCAUCUUCUACUCGGUCAUGCCGCUUGGUGGCCUCUUUGGAAGUUACUUGACCAAGAACUCGCGCAAGUACGUUGCCAGCCAGACGUUCACUGCCAGCUACCCUCGGCUGAAGGGCAACGACAUGGCCAUGUCGUACGGUCUCUGGCUUCUUGUUUUCGGCGCCAAGUUCGGAGAGUCUUAUGUCUACCUGACCCUAUCUUUUAGGGACCCUAUCAGGUAUCUUUCAAUCAUGAAGCUCGACUGUAUGGGCGAUGCCCUCUUUGGCAACAUCCUUUGCAAGAACCAGCAUUAUGUUCUGCUGGCCUUGAUGACAUUCACCGACUUGAUCUUCUUCUUCCUCGACACGUACCUGUGGUACGUCCUGGUCAACGCCCUCUUCUCCAUUGCCAGAUCCUUCUACAUCGGUUCCUCGAUCUUGACCCCCUGGAGGAACGUCUUUUCUCGCCUUCCGAAGCGUAUCUACUCCAAGAUCCUCGCUACCGGCGAUAUGGAGAUCAAGUACAAGCCUAAGGUGUUGAUCUCACAGGUCUGGAAUGCUAUCGUCAUCUCCAUGUACAGGGAGCAUCUGCUGGCCAUUGACCACGUCCAGAAGCUACUGUACCACCAGGUUCCUUCAGAGCAAGAGGGCAAGAGAACUUUGCGGGCACCCACCUUUUUCGUAUCUCAGGAGGACCACUCUUUCAAGACCGAGUUUUUCCCAACAAACAGCGAGGCCGAGCGACGUCUGUCCUUCUUUGCUCAGUCACUUUCAACCCCCAUCCCGGAGCCCGUACCAGUUGACAACAUGCCAACCUUCACCGUUCUCAUUCCUCACUACAGCGAGAAGAUUCUCCUCUCUCUGCGUGAGAUUAUCCGUGAGGAUGAGCCUUACUCCCGUGUCACGUUGCUGGAAUACCUCAAGCAACUUCACCCCCACGAGUGGGACUGCUUUGUCAAGGACACGAAGAUCCUGGCAGAUGAGACAUCUCAAUUCAACGGAGACAACGAGAAAAACGAAAAGGACACCGCCAAAAGCAAGAUUGACGAUUUGCCCUUUUACUGCAUCGGUUUCAAAUCUUCCGCGCCUGAGUACACUCUGCGGACACGUAUUUGGGCCUCACUUCGUUUCCAGACCCUCUAUCGCACGAUUUCCGGCUUCAUGAACUAUAGCAGAGCCAUCAAGCUUCUGUAUCGUGUGGAGAAUCCAGAGGUUGUUCAGAUGUUUGGUGGCAACUCCGACAAGCUGGAGCGUGAGCUUGAGCGCAUGGCCCGCCGCAAAUUCAAGCUUUGUGUGUCUAUGCAACGUUAUGCCAAGUUCAAGAAGGAAGAGAUGGAGAACGCCGAGUUCUUGCUUCGCGCAUACCCCGAUCUCCAGAUUGCCUACCUGGACGAAGAGCCCCCGCUGGCUGAAGGUGAAGAGCCCCGCUUGUACUCCGCCCUCAUCGACGGGCACUCUGAGAUUAUGGAGAACGGCAUGCGUAAGCCCAAGUUCCGCAUUCAGCUCUCCGGCAACCCCAUUCUGGGAGACGGCAAAUCCGACAACCAAAACCACUCGCUCAUCUUCUACCGCGGUGAAUACAUCCAGCUCAUCGACGCCAAUCAGGACAACUAUCUGGAGGAGUGUCUGAAGAUUCGAUCAGUUCUGGCUGAGUUCGAGGAGAUGAAGACUGAAAAUGUUAGCCCCUACACCCCUGGUGUCAAGAACAAGAUGAUCAACCCAGUCGCUAUCCUCGGUGCUCGCGAGUACAUCUUCUCAGAGAACAUUGGAAUUCUCGGCGAUGUUGCCGCCGGAAAGGAGCAAACAUUUGGUACUCUCUUCGCCCGUACCCUGUCCCAAAUUGGUGGCAAACUGCAUUAUGGACAUCCCGAUUUUCUCAACGGUAUCUUCAUGACGACCCGCGGCGGCGUCUCAAAGGCUCAGAAGGGCCUGCAUCUCAAUGAGGACAUUUACGCCGGCAUGAACGCUCUCCUCCGUGGUGGCAGGAUCAAGCAUUGUGAAUAUUACCAGUGCGGCAAGGGCCGUGACUUGGGAUUUGGCUCCAUUCUCAACUUCACCACCAAGAUUGGUACUGGUAUGGGUGAGCAGAUGCUUUCCCGAGAGUACUACUACCUCGGAACUCAGCUGCCUCUGGAUCGAUUCCUAUCCUUCUACUACGCCCAUCCCGGCUUCCAUCUUAACAACAUGUUCAUCAUGCUGUCGGUCCAGAUGUUCAUGAUUUGCCUCCUCAGCUUGGGUGCCCUUCGACAUGAGACCAAAUCAUGCAACUACAACCGAGAUGUACCUAUCACCGACCCCCUCUACCCAACUGGCUGCCAGAACACGGACGCGCUCAUGGACUGGGUGUACCGUUGCAUCUUGUCCAUUAUCUUUGUGUUGUUGUUGGCCUUCGUGCCGCUCGUGGUUCAGGAGGUGACCGAGAGGGGUGUCUGGCGCGCUGCUAAGCGUCUUGCUAAGCAGUUUGGGUCGCUCUCGCCGUUUUUCGAGGUCUUUGUUUGCCAGAUUUACGCCAAUUCGGUGCAACAGGAUCUUUCGUUUGGCGGUGCCCGGUAUAUCGGUACUGGACGUGGCUUUGCGACUGCCCGUAUUCCCUUCGGUGUAUUGUACUCCCGGUUCGCUGGCCCUUCGAUUUACUUCGGGUCACGCCUUCUGAUGAUGCUCCUCUUCGCUACCGUCACUAUUUGGCAAGGCUUGCUUGUCUACUUCUGGAUCUCGCUUCUGGCCCUGGUCAUCUCGCCCUUCCUGUACAACCCGCACCAGUUUGCUUGGAGCGAUUUCUUCAUUGACUAUCGCGAUUUCCUCCGGUGGCUCUCUCGCGGCAACUCGCGCUCUCACGCUUCCUCUUGGAUCGCCUUUUGCCGUCUGUCCCGAACCCGUAUCACAGGUUACAAGCGCAAGGCUCUCGGCGAUCCAUCAGCCAAGAUGUCGUCUGAUGUACCGCGCGCGGCCAUCACCAACAUGUUUUUGGGCGAGAUCCUCACUCCUCUGCUUCUGGUUGCCGUUACCGUCAUCCCGUACCUCUUCAUCAACGCUCAGACUGGUGUCGAAGGGGCGAACAAUAGCAACGUCUCAGGAGAUCCGCCCAAGCGAACCAAUUCUUUGAUCAGAGUUGGACUUGUAGCGCUCGCCCCUAUCGCAAUCAACGCUGGCGUAUUGUUGAUGAUGUUCUUCAUGGCCUGCUUCAUGGGACCUCUCCUCAGCAUGUGCUGCAAGAAGUUUGGCAGCGUACUUGCGGCGAUUGCGCACGGUCUCGCAGUGGUCAUGCUGCUCGUCUUCUUCGAGGUUAUGUUCCUACUUGAAUCGUUCGAGUUUGCGCGAACAUUGCUCGGCAUGAUUGCCGUCGUUGCCAUCCAGCGUUUCGUCUUCAAGCUGAUCAUCUCACUGACCUUAACCCGUGAGAUCAAGACAGACGCAGCCAACAUUGCAUUCUGGACGGGCAAGUGGUACUCUAUGGGAUGGCACUCGGUUUCGCAACCCGCCCGCGAGUUCCUUUGCAAGAUCACGGAGCUGAGCAUGUUUGCGGCUGACUUCGUCCUUGGCCACUUUUUGCUCUUCAUCAUGCUGCCGGUCAUUCUUAUUCCCAAGGUCGAUAUGCUGCACUCGAUGAUGCUCUUCUGGCUGCGCCCUGGUCGUCAAAUCCGUCCGCCCAUCUACUCGAUGAAGCAAUCUAAGCUCAGGCGCAAGCGUGUGUUCCGUUACGCCAUUCUCUACUUCACCAUGUUCAUCCUUUUUAUGGCCCUUAUGAUUGGACCUGCUGUCGUAGGCGACCUGAUCCCCAUGGACAUUUUCAAACAGCUGGACACGACCAGCAUCGCGCUGAUUCAACCUACGAAAUACAACAACGACAACACUCAGCAAUCAUCCAAGACCGGCACCGGAAGGGAUGGUUACUCCGGAGCCUACCUCACUAUGACACCAAGUUCGUCCUCAUCGGCGACGGGCAAUUCGGAGAGAGUGCGCUUGUUUUAAAUGGUCUUGUAUCAUGAACGCAGAUAGAGAGGGAGCAAAGCGCGACGUUGUGGACCAAGCUAUCUUGGGCUGUUGGUCAGUUCUUGACGACAGCAACAGCCUGGGCCACAGUGGCAGAUUUAUAAUGUCAUUGUCAGGCGCGCCUAAUGUGUUUUUGACUGUUAGCUAUCCAUUUCUUUCCUUUCCUUUCCUUUCUCUCCCGUUCAGGCAGGGAAGCAUGGCUGGCAUGGUAUCACGGCUGUUUAGACCUGCAGACUAGUACAUCGUCAAUAGCCCAGAAUAAGACUGGACGGGCGUACAAUCAAGAGUAAC